AAUGUUAGGUAUUCCGUGGUAUUAUACAAAUGAUGCGUCGUGAAUAUCUACUCUGCACAUGAUCACACACACACAAGCACAUGAUCACCCCUUUUCUAGCUAGCUUAAACCGUACACCUAUACUUUGCUAUUAACAAGCACUAGCUAUGGCUGAGAGACAAGACCGUGAACAAGAGUACAUAUUCAGAAAUGUUCAACUCUUCAAGAAUGAUACCCUUGGUACUGGCUCCUACGGGGCAGUGUGUAAAGCCAAGUGUGACCAGCUACUCUGUGCUGCCAAGCUACUCUAUCCAGUGCUCUUCCAAAUAGCUGUUCCAGAUCCUGGCAAAGAACAUAGACACCCGUUUAGAAGAUUCGAAACAGAGUGUGCAUUUCUGAGUCGUAUCAACCACCCCAACAUUGUACAGUACUUGGGGACCUAUCGCGAUCCCGACACAAAUGCACCAGUUCUUCUCAUGGAGCUCAUGGACGAGAGUCUGACACACUUCCUGGAGUCAUCACCUGGAGACAUUCCCUACCACAUCCAAGUCAACCUCUCCUAUGACAUAGCUCAAGCACUUGCCUUUCUCCACUCCAAUGGAAUCAUCCAUCGCGACCUCUCCAGCAACAAUGUCCUACUAAUUGCAGGCACUCGAGCCAAAGUCACCGAUUUCGGGAUGUCCAAAUUCAGGGACAUAAAUGUCAGCCGACUAGCCACAAUGACCAAAUGCCCGGGAACACCAGCCUUCAUGUCUCCUGAGGCACUAAACGAACCACCAGUGUACACAGAGAAACUAGACAACUUCUCAUUUGGUGUGCUUGUAGUUCAGACCACAACUCGACAGUUUCCAAAGCCAACAGAUCGAUUCGAGAAUAUUCAAGUUCCCCAUCCACGAAACCCAGGUCGCACAAUUGAGGCUAAAAUAGCAAUCCCAGAACUAGAGAGAAGACAAGCUCACAUGAGCCUGAUUGAGCCCACCCACCCUCUACUGCCGAUUGCUCGUCACUGCCUCAAAGACAGAGAUGAUAAACGACCAUCUUCCCAACAGCUUUGCCAAACACUGGAUGCUCUCAAGAGGACACCACGGUACCAAGAAAGCUCCCAACAAGACCUGCACCAGAUGCUCAGAGAGAAAGAUGAACAAAUAACAGCUAAAGACAACCAACUACAAGCAAAUGAACAGAUUAUAAUGGAAAAAGACACACAGCUACAAGAAAAUCGAGAGACAACAAUACAAAACAAUGAACAGUUACACACACAAAAUAUUGAAAUUGGUGAACUCACUACAAGACUAGGCCAAGCAACACAAGAAAACCAAACCCUUCAACAUGAGGCUGAAGCCAGAGAGAGACAGCUGAGGAGACUCAACCAAGAGUUGCAAUCAAGUGAGGAGAACACUGCUGCCCUCCAACAAGCCAUCGAUCAACGAGACAGAGAAGUGACUCAGCUGAGACAAGUGUUGGCAAGCAAGAACGAGGAAUCUCACAAUCUAUCGACUCGAAUGCACCAAGUCGCACUGCAAGAUGAGCAAGCUACACCAAUGAAACCUGUUACAAUAGAGUCACUACCUGAUGCACCUGAUGGUAUUGGGUAUAGAUCAUCAUCAGCCGUGAUUGGAGACAAGGCAUACUUUAGUCCACACGGAAGUAAAACUGUUCAUGAGUUCAGCAACAAUCAGUGGUACGAGUUACCACCUUGCCCUAACCUGUACUUCACUAUUGUCAGUGUUAAUGACAUGCUCACAACUGUGGGGGGAUAUUCAGACACACAACAGUAUAGUAACAAACUCUACAGCUACAUUAACAACAAAUGGGUCGAACACUUCCCUCCCAUGCCAACCAAACGGUGGACACCUGGAGCUGUGUACGCUAACAACACACUUGUAGUGGUAGGAGGAUAUAGUCAUGCAAAACAUUUAAAUACUGUUGAGAUAUUAAAUACUGCUAACAUGCGAUGGUUUAUUGUUAGCUCACUACCUGUGCCAACCAAUCAAUCAUCAACAACGAUCUGUGGAGACUAUGUGUACAUACACCCACACAAUCAAGUGAAGUAUUCAGUGUACAAAUGCUCAUUAAGACAACUAACUCAAUCCCAGCCAAUCUCAGCUAUAUGGGAGAAGAUUGCCCCUUUGCCAGUUAGCUGGUCCACUCUUGUUACCAUCAAUGGCCACCUGCUGGCAGUGGGUGGGCGGGACUCCAAUGGAGAUAACACGAAGGACAUAUAUCAGUACAACGAGACAUCAUGGACUGUCAUCAGUCAAAUGUCAACACCUCGAGCAGCAUGCCUCACUGCUGCCCUCCUUGGGAACAAACUGAUGGUGGUGGGUGGAGUUGGUGCAGACAGAAAAUGUGAAGUAAUUACUUUUGUAUAGUUCCUAACUUGUUCUUUGUGUCUUAUUGUUAAUUUUGAUGAAAGUUGUGGUGAGCAAUAUAGAUUUGGGAGAUAAAAAGUUUAUAUUUUGGUGA